AUAAGCAGUGCAUGGCAAGAGAGGGGGGACUUACCUGAGUGAGCACAGGUAUAUUUUGUGACCAUUAUAUUUUAAUGAAGUGAAUACAAGAAGUUACACUGUGAAUUUUCCAGGGAAUAUUUUGUAAAGGAAGCUUUAACCUUGCUCGUAGUGGUACUGUUCCCAGAGACCAUUAACAAAGUUACGUUCCAAUUUGUUUACAUUUAUAAUUUCUGACGUUUGUCCUGGUCCCAGCAACUCACCCUAACUUAGGAAUUAUCUGUAUACAGCAACACUCAUAAAUGAGGCGCUUAUACCUUUUACUAGCAGCUGUAGCGGUUGCGUCAGCCGUAUUACUUCCAUUAAAACCAAAAUCUUGCAUUGAUUACUGCAAAUGUAAGCCAAGCGAUGUGCCGGGUAGACUGCAAAUCAUCGAAUGCGACAGACCAUUGAUUUUAAACGACACAACAUUCCGUCUUGUAAACAAACAAUCGAUUAGUGUAAUUAGCUUUGAAAAUGUCAUUAUUAGCCAAAUCCAAGAAUCUGUAUUCAAAGGCUUCACCAUGUUAGAGGAUGUGCUUAUCUUGAAUUCCAAAAUUGGAUCCAUAGACGACAAAGCUUUCAAUCAUAUAAAAAGACUUAAAUUUGCAGACUGCGGUUUUGAAGACAGCCCAAACUUGUUCUCUGAGAAACUAGAAGAAGUUCACUUUGGCAGUUGUCAGAUAGAGGAAAUACCUAAAUUGAAUGGCUUGCUGAGUCUAACAUUUUUAAAUUUGACUGGGAAUUAUAUUAAGGAUGUGGGUAUCGAAACCUUCGCUGAACUCUUUGACUUAGAAGAACUAUACUUAUCUAACAAUGAAAUUUUCAAGCUACCCGCUAACUUGUUCAUCAACAACCAAGAUCUGAACAGUUUAUAUUUGGACCAUAAUCCACUGAAACAGUUCUAUUUAAACACAUCUGAGAACUUGGAAACUUUGUCUCUCAGCAAUUGUAAUUUAGAAAGCUUCGAUGAGAGGUCUACUCAAAGACUUUCUACACUCAGUGAAUUGAACCUAAGCAACAACAAAAUUAAAAAUCUUACUGGUAAGGCAUUAUCACAUAUGGAAGACUUGGUUGUUAUAAACUUAGCAAACAACCAAUUGGAACAACUAGAUGAUGACAUCUUCUAUCUAAAUCCAGAUCUAAACAAAAUUACAUUAGACGGUAACAAGUUCACAUCCUUACCUAACUUUUUCUUAAAAUCUGGAGAAGUGUUUAUAACGUACACGUUUUCAUGCAACAACUGUGGCCUGAAAACUUUGUCAAGCUCAGUGUUCGAAAAUAUGCCAGGAAUAAUGGAUUUACAACUCUCCCACAACGAUUUCAUAAAUGUAGACAAUAUGUUCCAGAAAACGCCAAGUCUGAAAAUCCUAGACAUUUCACAUAAUAACAUCGGUUACAUCUCACCACUUGCGUUUGCUAAGAGUUUGAAUCUAGAAAGCCUAAACAUUGCAGGGAACCCCCUGACUAGUCUAAAUCCUGAGGUGUUCGCUAAGAACAAUGUUAUAAGAGAAAUCGAUGCAAGAAACACAUCUCUAGAGAUGCUGUGGUCUAACAAGAAUAAGAUCAUACCUUCAUUGAACAAAUUGUAUGUAAGUGACAACAAACUUACAUCGUUAACUAUAGAUGAUUUCAAAGUUAUGCCGAACUUGAUUUCUAUUGACCUCAACAACAACCCAUUAAAUUUCUCAGAUGAUUUCUGUGAACUCGUCAACUGGAUGGAUAUCAGACAAAUUCGUCCAAUCGAAAAUACCCAAGACUUAGAUGCUAGCUUAGAUGGGCAUUAUAUUGAAAAUCCCAACACUUUCGACGGAUUCAGCUUCAUCUCUUGGAGAGAUUUCUACGACAACAAAUGCCCAGAAGUUUCCACUACCACCACCACAGAGUCUUGGGAAAUAGCUGAGGAUAAUGAUGUUCGCGACAACGACAUCGACAACAUCGACAAUUCCAAUCUGGAAUACGACGAAAAUGAAGACGAUGACGACGAUAGCGAUUACGGUUACGACGACGAAGAGGAAGAUGAUGAAGCUGCGAGUAGAUAUGUUGAAGAUGAGAACAAUAACCUUGCCAGAGCUUCCUACAUCCUUUCAGUAACUUCUGUAUUCAUUUUGACAGCUCUGGUGGUACUAACAUUGGCAGUCACUGUAACCCUUACGAUACUGAGACGUAACAACAACUUUAACAUGCACAAGGCUAAUCUUCCAAGGUUGAAGAUUCCAAUGUGGCAUUCUACUCCAGGUCAGAAGAAGCACAGCGGCUCCGUGUACCGACCUUUAUCCGAAGACCUUUCUGGGCCCAAAACUCCUAAACUAAGUCGCUAUGAGUUUACUUCAACCCCUACAGUUCACUCUUCUAACCCUUAAAAAUAGGUACACAUAUUUCGAUUUAACUUAAUAUUUAUAUAAGUCUGUCAUAACUGUGGUUAAAUAUGGUCUAUUACAAACUAUUUUUACUCCAUAUUUGGUAUCAAAUUUUUUCACCAGUACACAGUACACUUGUACGGUAUUCGAAAUAUGUUUUCAUUAUGUUUUCUUAUGGUAAGAAAACUAAUGUUAUUAUGGCGGCAGCUUCAUAGCAUUUGAUUUGACUAAAAUUUAUUUUUAUGAAAUGUUGGUGUAAAAUUAUUUUGUAAUAUGAUGUUUAAGUAAGUAUAUUGUUUAUAUUAUUAACGUUAUUGCGCUUAUAGUUUAGACUUAAUAUUAGUAGAUUCUAAUAAAUUUAUUAUUUAACAGUUUGCCAUAAACAGUUUUAUUAUUAAUGUAUACUAUUGACGUAUUAUUAUUUCAAAACAUCUCAAUUUUUUAUCCGUAUCUAUCAAUCUUAAAACCAUUACAAAUUUAUACGACUGUUUAAAAAAUCAUUCAAAUAACAUGAGAAUCUUUUGCAAAAAGACAAAAUGUGAUCGCUUUAGAGUUAUUUCAAAAAUACGAUUAGAGAUAUACUUUUACCUCGAUUUUUAGAUUUUUAGCUGAUAAAAACAUAUUAAUACUUUGUAUUAAAUUAUUUUGAGUGGAUCCUUGUUUGAUCAUAAGAUAUGUUCUUGAAAGAAACUUCAAAAUUCUCCGUGUGAUAGAAAUAAAGAGGAAUUCUAGUUUUAUAUAUACUGUUGUUGCUGUAAUUGGACAAAUAAAGAAUGAUGUAUUCCAAUCUUUUUUUAGGAUACGUCAAUACAUUCAAUAUAUGUAAAAUAAUGAAAAAAAAAUCAAAAAGUCAACCUGUAGGAUGUAGUAGGUAUGUAUUUUUUAGGACAUUUUAUUUAAAAAUAUAUAUCUAAUAAUGUACAAAAAUUUUGGAAACCGUUUAGUUACAUAUUUGUAUAGAUAAAUGUAAUAAAACAUAUAGUCACUUGUAA